ACUGUCUGCAAGGGGUCGAUCAAGCGCGUAUUCCUCCAAACCUUCUUUUGCUCCUCCUCUCCGCGGCGUGCUAAAUUCUUCACUGAAGCUUGCACAACUACUUUCUGUGGAGUGUUGGCAGUAAAGGAUACAGGGGGAAAGACAACAUGGCAGACAUCGUGCGCCAAACCACGGGUGGAAGCGGCGGGAUUGUGAUCGACGAUGACUGGCCGGGUUACAGUUUAGAACUCUUCAGCUAUCCUGCACACUACGCAGGAGAUCUGGAAUGCGUGGUGGUUCCACAUGGAGUCAUCAUGGACAGAACGGAACGUCUCGCCCGAGACAUCAUGGAUGACCUGGGGGACCAUGACAUCGUGGUCCUUUGCGUGCUCAAAGGGGGCUACCAGUUCUGCGCAGACCUGGUGGACAAGAUCAAGGCGUUGAGCUGCAGCUCGGACCGCACCAUCCCCAUGAGGGUCCACUUUAUACGUCUCAAAAGCUACCUGAAUGACCAGUCGACAGAAGAUAUUCACAUACUUGGAGCAGAGGACUUGUCGUUUUUACAGGGAAAGAACGUACUGAUCGUGGAGGGCAUAAUCGGCACCGGUAAGACCCUGAAGGCUCUCCUGAAGCACGUCGAGGCCUUCAAGCCCAAAAUGAUCAAAGUUGCCGGAUUGCUGGUGAAGAGGGUGCCUCAGAACACUGCACGCCUCCCACACUACGUCGGCUUUGAGAUACCCAAUCGCUUCGUGGUGGGAUACGCGUUGGACUACAACGAGUAUUUUAGAGACCUCAACCAUAUCUGCGUGAUCAGUGAAAGUGGCAAGCUGAAAUACAAGAUGUGAGGGAAGGAGUCGUGGUCUCACACAUUUCCGCCCUCUUACAGCUGCUAUGGGGGCAUUUGUCCUCUGACGUCAUGGUUCAACAUUCCAUAUGUGAUGCUGCUGUUUAAGCUGUGGUGGAAUUCCUCAUACAGUGGAACCUCGGAAGGUGGAAUAUCAAGCUUGGAAACAAUCUAUCUCAUUGGGAAUGGUCUGUUCCAGGGUCAAACUUGCCACCAUAAAUGUUUUAUCAACUGCACGGACAAGUUUUAAUGUAACAUUUUAUCCUGCCUUUAAUGACCACUGACAAAGACACAAUGCCUCUCAAGUGUUAGUUUUUAACAGUUUAACUUGUCAAAACAAACAAAAUACCUUAGAGUUAUGGCUUGUGGUCAAAAUGUUUUGGGAGACAUGCUAGCAUACACGUAACACAAGUAUGCUAAACGUUUAAUAAUCAUUAGGAAAAUGGUCAAUAACUUAUGGACUUUUAGUUGUCAAGCUACAUUACGUUCUUGUGAAUGGCGAGCAUGUUUUACAAUCAAAUGAUACAGACACGUGCCAGUCCCCCAAAGGCAAGUGCUAAAUUUGGUGAUUCAGCUCAUUUCCCUAAAGUUGCACUUGCCCAGGGGUGUCAAAACUAUUUUUCAUUGAGGGCCACAUCCAAGUAAUGGCUGCUUCAAGAGGGCCGCUAUUUUUAAAUUAAAUCACAUUAUGCAUGCGGGUAAUAACCUGUGAUGAAUCAUGAUUAAUUGAAAUGCAUAUGCAUUUGAUUAUUAGAUUUUUUUUAAUGUAUAACUUGCUUUAAAAUCACAAAUAAAGGUGACAAGCAGAUAUUUAACUAUUUGUUUUUAUCUCACAAAAAAAAAAGUUUUGCAAUACAGUAUGGUAUAUAAUAAUAUAAUUAGCAUGAUCAGAUAGUAUUGAAGUUUAAAAUACGCAUUUUUGUUCUGUCAAAAUUUAAAGAACAAAUGCAUUUAGUAAAAAAAAUUUUUUUUUUAAAUAAGAAUUUUAUUGAAACCUAUUUUUUCCAGGCUUUUGCGGGCCACACAUGACAUUUUUGUCAGAAAAAUAAUAGCACAGGCAACACAGUAAGGGUGCAUUUUUUAAACACAUUUUCAUAAUUUUGUGUGCAUCGGUUUAUGAGUAGAUUAAUUAUAACCCAUUGGGUGUGCUAAUUUUUUCAAGUAGCUAACUUUUUUGGCCAAAAAUCCAAACGUACAGAGUUGAUACUUUGAUGCUAAUUGAACUGAGGUAUGUUGAGGUAUUUAUACUUAAUGGAGUAUGUAAGAGUAUGUAGAGCAGUGGUUCUUAACCUUGUUGGAGGUACCGAACCCCACCAGUUUCAUAUGCGCAUUCACCGAACCCUUCUAAAUUGAAUUUUUUUUUUUUUUUUUUUUUUUUUUUUUCAAAUUCAAGACAAAGUUAUAUGUUUUUGGUAACACUUUAGUAUGGGGAACAUAUUCUAAGGCACAAAAACUUAAUUUAGAGUUAUUUGGUGAGGGUUAGGGUUAGGGUUAGAGGGUCAGGGCCAGGGUUAGAGGGUUAGGGUUAUAAUAAGGCCAUGCCGAAUAAGGCAUUAAUAAAUACUUAAUAAUGACUAGUUAAGAGCCAAUAUGUUACUAAUUUGCAUGUUAAUAAGCAACUAAUGUUCCCCAUACUAAAGUGUUACCAAGGUUUUUUUUACUGGUGCACAAAAUGAACCGUGCAUGAACAUCACCGAGGUCAAAGAACAAAACCAACACAGUGCAUAAACUCACAACAAAUUACACACCUGCAAAUCAGUGUGACUUCUGCUGUUGCCGUAUCCGUAAUACGCCGAUAGGGAGAAGUUUUUAUUUACACGAUGAGUCGGGUGUGUCUUGACCUCUGCCGAACCCCUGAGCCCGACUCACCGAACCCCUAGGGUUCGAUCGAACCCAGGUUAAGAACCACUGGUGUAGAGGCUUCACUGCAUAGACAAAACUUGCAUGGAAAAGACUGGAAUUCUGCUCUUUUUGCCUUGUAUUAUUGUUUUGCUCAAUGCAGUGUAAGGGACUGGUUGUCGUAACCAGAAAAAUGGAAGUUAAUCCUCUCUAAAUAUGUUUUUAAGUAGAACAAAUGUAGCAUUUGGAAAUAAAACGAGUGUUGUCUUUUUUAACAUUUCACCAUUGUUCUUGUCAGGACUGUGUAGCAUUUUUAACACAACUGGACCUUUUUUUAGUAUUGCUUUUUACAUUUAUGUCUUUAAUUGGAUCAACUUCCUUGAGCAUCUUUUUGGUGUCACUGCCAAAUUAAAUGUAUUUUAUAUGUAUACUAAGAUGUUAUCCUUUUUUCUAUGGACCUUUGUAGCGACUGUUUAUUAUUGUCAAUCAUAUUGUAGAGCAUGUCAGGUCACCAUUACAGGGUGGAAAAACAGAAAUAGGUGCCCCACAAAUGAGCCAAAAAGGCACAAAAGAGUCAUUUGUGUUGAACUGUUGUGCUCUUUGUAUACACCUGACAUAUGACUCCCGGUCUUUAAGCUGGGGACGCUGAGUGCUAUUUAAACAAAACGGUUUUUCACAUGCUGUUUAAGUGGAUUGACAGCAUGACCUUUAUAAAACCGUGACGAUGAUUUCCACAUGGAACCAUUUAACGCUAUAGGACACAUAGCAUUACUGCAGUAUCUUGGUUUUAGCCGUGACUUUUGACUCAUGGAAGCAUAAGUUAGUAGAAAAACAUUUGCAGUACAUUAUUUAGUAUUGCGGCAUGCUGACAAUGCCAAAUGUUGGAUGACUAAUAUUUACUAUUCGUUUGUUACGACAACAUAUUUUCCGACAAACAACCAAACCAGUGAAAGUGGCACGUUGUGUAAAUCGUAAAUAAAAACAAUACCGUUAUUUGCAAAUAAUUUUCAACUUAUAUUCAAUUGAAUAAACUGCAAAGACAAGAUAUUUAAUGUUUGAACUGAGAAACUUUUUUUUUUUUGCAAAUAAUCAUUAACUUAUGGCACAGGGCCAUUUUUACCACUGUGUUACAUGGCCUUUCCUUUUAACAACACUCAGUAAACGUUUGGGAACUGAGGAGACCAAUUUUUGAAGCUUGUCAGGUGAAAUUAUUUUCCACUUUGCAUCAGUCCAGCUUAGAUGAGCUCGGGCCCAGCGAAGCUGGCGGCGUUUCUGGGUGUUGUUGAUAAAUGGCUUUUGCUUUGCAUAGUAAUGAUAAAUGAUGAAUGGGUUAUACUUGUAUAGCGCUUUUCUACCUUCAAGGUACUCAAAGCGCUUUGACGGUAUUUCCACAUUCACCCAUUCACACACACAUUCACACACUGAUGGCGGGAGCUGCCAUGCAAGGCGCUAACCAGCAGCCAUCAGGAGCAAGGGUGAAGUGUCUUGCCCAAGGACACAACGGACAUGACUAGGAUGGUAGAAGGUGGGGAUUGAACCCCAGUAACCAGCAACCCUCCGAUUGCUGGAACGGCCACUCUACCAACUUCGCCACGUAGAGUUUUAACUUCCACUUACAUAUGUAGCGACGAACUGUAGUUACUGACAGUGGUUUUCUGAAAUGUUCCUGAGCCCAUGUGGUGAUAUCCCUUACACACUGAUGUCGCUUUUUGAUGCAGUACCACCUGAGGGAUCGAAGGUCACAGGCAUUUGGUUUUCGGCCUUGCCGCUUACGUGCAGUGAUUUCUCCAGAUUCUCUGAACCUUUUGAUGAUAUUACGGACCGUAGACGUGAAAUCCCUAAAUUCCUUGCAAUAGCUCGUUGAGAAAUGUUGUUCUUAAACUGUUCAACAAUUUGCUCACGCAUUUGUUCACAAAGUUGUGACCCUCAGCCCAUCCUUGUUUGUGAAUGACUGAGCAUUUCAUAGAAGCUGCUUUAAUACCCAAUCAUGGCACCCACCUGUUCACCUGUGGGAUGUUCCAAAUAAGUGUUUGAUGAGCAUUCCUCAACUUUCUCAGUCUUUUUUGCCACUUGUGCCAACUUUUUUGAAACAUGUUGCAGGCAUCAAAUUCCAAAUGAGCUAAUAUUUGAAAUAAAUAACAAAGUUUACCAGUUUGGAUGUUAAGUAUCUUGUCUUUGCAGUCUAUUCAAUUGAAUCCAGGUUGAAAAUGAUUUGCAAAUCAUUGUAUUCUGUUUUUAUUUACCAUUUACACAAUGUGCCAACUUCACUGGUUUUGGAUUUUGUACUUGUUUUUUCUGUUAUGUUGCUUCAUCUGUAAACUAUGAGAAAAUAAAGUGAUGUGUAAUGUCUAGUGUUUAAAUGUACGGCAGUGACAAUGAAUUUCCCCAAGGGGACCAAUAAAUCUAAUCUAAUCUAAUCUAAACAUACCAAAAACACUCAUAAAAACUACUUUGGAUACACAGGGAAUUAACUGUCAGCAAAGAUGGAGUAUCUCUCUUGAUGCGCUUAUAUAUGCAAAUGAUGUACUCAUACCAGUGGUUCUCAAACUUUUUUCCACCAAGUACCACCUCAGAAAACACUUGGCUCUCCAAGUAUUACCAUAAUGACCAACAUUAAAAUACAGUGAGAUAGUAGGCCUAAACAUUCAUAAGAAAAGAGUAGAGGUUUUAUUGAACAAGUAUAAUAAAUAUGUUUGGCCACUGAAACAUUACCCACAGUUUGAACAAUAACACUUUGUUUAAAUUUUUAAGUUAUUCUUUGGCAUUCCACUAGAUCGAUGGUCAGCAACCCGCGGCUCUUUAGUGGCGCCCUGGUGGCUCCAUGGAGCUUUUUCAAAAAUGUAUGGAAAUGGAAAAAAAAUUGUUUUUUGUUUUAAUAUGGUUUCUGUAGGCGGACAAACACGACACAAACCUUCCUAAUUGUUGGAAAGCCCACUGUUUAAUAUGUUUGUGCUUCACUGAUGAGAAUAUUUGUUAAGCGCCGUUUUGUCCUACUAAUUUUAGCGGCCCUUGAACUCACCGUUGUGUGGCCUGUGACUCAACAGCUUGUUAACAUGUAUAACUUUCUCCGACGCUGCCACAGAAAGACGUGUUUCAUGCCACUCCUUCUUUGUCUCAUUUUGUCCACAAAACGCUUGAUACCAUGCGUGAAUGCACAAAGGUGAGCUUUGUUGAUGUUAUUGACUUGUUAUGGAGUGCUAAUCAGGAAUAUUUGGUCACUGCAUGACUGCAAGCUAAUCCAUGCUAACAUGCUAUUUAGGCUAGCUGUAUGUACAUAUUGCAUCAUUAUGCCUCGUUUAUAGCUACAUUUGAGCUAAUUUAAUUUCCUUUACUUAUGUCCUCUGUGUAUUUAGUUUAUUUUUGUUUCAUGUAUGUAAUAUUGGCUACAUUUCUGAUAGUUGUUUGUGCGCCAUGUUGUUCCAAACCACAGUAACCAUUACCCAGCUU